AUGCGCUAUAGAACUUUUCGGGAUUUUAAGAUCCAAUCGCGAAAACAUGUUGUUUGCUCCAAGUAUUCACGUUUGUCACGGAGAGCUCCAGGAUUAGAUUCACCCUUCAGAGACCAUCGGCGAAGUCAUCCAGAUGCCAACGCAUGGAGAGCUCACCCGGAUCCCGUAGGCAUCUCAGCCGGUGUCCUCGUCUUCUUCUAUGCGGUGUACUCCCUGAUCAAGUACCAGCGGGAGGCCAACCGCAUCAUCAGCUUGUUUGAGGCCAACACUCAAAUCAAGGAGCUGUCCGAGAAGGCAGCGCGUGGGGAGCCGUUACCGAGCAUUGUGGUCAUCCGAGGCCACAUCGGAGCGGACGGCGGUGAUGUGAACACGGUCUCUGGUGCAAUACACGGCCUGCGUGAGCGCAUUGGGGAAAUCGAACAACCUAAGAAUGCAUGGAUUGAGAUCGCCCGACAGGCGAAAUCAGACCCUCAACUCCGUGGGGUAGCGGAUGCCGUGGUGCAGCGGACAGGCGUUGACGCGGAUGACGUGUCAGAGGUGCCUGCGCCCGGUGAUCCCUACACCAGGCCCAUCAGGAAUCACGCGGAGGGCUCCCUGGUCGUUACCGAGAUGCUGGUGGCCAGGAUUUGUGCCAAGCAUCAGAGCGUUCGCCGAGAGAAGACCACUAAGCGGGUGACCAUCAAGCGGCCACGCAGAAACGAGAGCUACAACUGCUUCCACGCAAGGAGGGUCUCCGACAGACUGCACAUCAUAGACAUGGAUGGUGCGCGCGCUGACAUAGAAUUACCGCCUGCUCACGCAGUCGGACUGGCUGGGAUUUCUGAUCCGCCGCCCCUGUUCCUACCUGUCAGUGAUGUUUGGACAGAGUUUACCCACUACCUGCGGAAGGAUGGAUUGACAGGCCCAGGUGGUCGGCGCCAAAGAUUGGAUGAUCUGCCUCCGAUGCGCCUCUCGGACCCCUACACCUUGCUUUCGGAGUUUAUCUUCCUGGAUGUGCAGUCCACCGUGGACCUCGGCGGGCUCCCAGGCAACCCACAUGUGCUGGAAGAGAUCGGUGAGGCCUUUGCCACCGGCCCAACCCCAGCGAAGUUCUUGUGGGAGCCGCGAGGAUUCUACGACUCCGUCCGCGGUGGGGGCUAUGAUGAUGUGCCCGCUUACGCUACGGGCCGAUUCCGCAAAACGGAGAUGAUCUCGGCCAGGGAGUUGCUCGACAGAGCGCAAGCUGCGGCCAAGGAGAACACGCGCUACACGCCCCACUGCGAGCCGACUUUUUCCAGAGCCGAACUGGAGCAACGUAGGGACGAGGAGAAUUGCUUCCGUUACACGGAGCUGGCCAUUCCUAGAGGGAUCCCAGUUACCAUCCUCGCCCGGCCCAUGAUAGCAGAGGCAGGGACCGGCGAAGGUGCCGACUGCAACAUCCGGCUGGUAUCGCCCCAGUGCGAUGAAGGGCCACCUUAUGCAGACGUGAAGAACUUGAAGGACCGCUUUCGCUUUCGGAUUCUUCGUGGCCAUCAAGUGGAAAACCUUCUGCGACAUAGGGAGCUGAACCCCACAGCCUACUAUGGUUUAGCCUUGGUCGCGGUAGCUUUCAUUGCUUGGGCUGCAUCUGGAUAUCCGGGUCUGGGAGCUUGA